CAGGAAGUGGCGCCUCAGCCGGUCAGAGGUCGUGUAGAGUUCUCUGCUCUCUAUCUUUUUCACUUCUGCAAUCCCGUUCAGAUCUCUGGUGUCAGAUGAUCUGGAAGUGAAUCCAGCAUGGAGCACUGUGAGAGCAGAGAGGAAGGCCUCCCUCACUCCAGAUCUACUGAUGGGAUCCAGACCAAAGCACAGAGGGAUGAACCUGGAUCCGAACUGGAAUCUGGAUCUGGACCCCAAUUUGACUCUUCCAGGAGCGACAUGUCAAAGGACGUCAUCAUUCAGUUCAACAAGGGUGGAGCUUUUUCUCCAGAGAGGCAUGAACCUGGAUCCGAACUGGAAUCUGGAUCUGGACCCCAAUUUGACUCUUCCAGGAGCGACAUGUCAAAGGAUGUCAUCAUUCAGUUCAACAAGGGUGGAACUUCUUCUCCAGAGAGUUGUCUCCUUGAUCUACACGCCACUCAGCGAGGAGAAGAUGACCAGGUUCUAGAGAGAGAUGAUGAAGAGCAGGGAAGUUCCACAGAGCCUGCUCUGAAGCACAGAGUCCAAUUCCCAACAGAUCAGGACUUGGACAAUCGUCUAAGAAUUUGUCGAGUACGCCUUCAGGGUAAGAUGAAAGUGAAACUCCAGGGCAUAUUCAAGGGAAUCACCAAAGAAGGAAGGCCUGCUCCUCUAAACGAGAUCUACACCGAGCUCCACAUGACGGAGGGAGGGCCUCCAGAGGCCAGUGAGACGCAUGAGGUCGGGCAGAUUGAAGCAGCUUUGAGGAAGGUGGUCAUGGCUGAAGCAACCAUGAGACAACAGGACCUCUUUAAACCUGGACUGGAAGGAGAAAAUCCUGUCAGGAGUGUGAUGACAAAGGGAGUGGCUGGGAUCGGGAAAACAGUCUUAACACAGAAGUUCAUUCUGGACUGGGCCGAGGACAAAGCCCACCAAGACAUCCUCUUCACAUUUUCAUUUACUUUCAGAGAGCUGAACGUGCUGAAGGAGAAGUUCAGCUUAGUGGAACUCAUUCAUCAUUUCUUUAUUGAAACCAAAGACGCAGAAAUCUGCAACUUUGAAGGCCUUAAAGUCCUGUUCAUUCUGGACGGUCUGGACGAGAGUCGGCUUCCGAUGGACUUCAGGAACACUAGAACCUUGUCGGACAUCACCACGCCUGCCUCAGUGGGAGAGCUCCUGACAAACCUGAUCAGGGGGGACCUGCUUCCCUCUGCUCGCCUCUGGAUCACCACACGACCUGGAGCAGCCAAGCAAAUCCCUGCUGAGUGUGUUGACAUGGUGACGGAAAUCCAAGGGUUCAAUAACCAGCAGAAGGAGGAGUUCUUCAGGAAGAGAUUCAAAGAUGAAGAGCAGGCCAACACCAUCAUUUCCCACAUCAAGACAUCCAGAAGCCUCCACAUCAUGUGCCACAUCCCAGUCUUCUGCUGGAUCACUGCUACAGUUCUGGAGAACGAGCUGAAUACCAGAGAAGGAGGAGAACUACCCCAAAGUCUGACUGAGAUGUACAUCCAUUUCCUGGUGGUUCAAGCCAAAGUCAAGAAGCUCAAGUAUGGGGAAGGAGAUGAGAGCGAUUCAACCACUGGAGAGAGUGAGCAGAUGAUUAAGUCUUUGGGGAAACUGGCCUUUGAGCAGCUGCAGAAAGGCAACAUGAUCUUCUACGAGUCCGACCUGAAGGACUGUGACAUCAACGCAGAGGAAGCUUCCACAUACUCAGGAGUCUUCACGCUGAUCUUCAGAGAGGAGAAGGGGCUGUGCCAGGAAAGGGUCUUCUGCUUUGUCCACCUGAGUGUUCAAGAAUUUCUGGCUGCUCUCCAUGUUCAUAUGACCUUCGUCACAUCUGGAGACAAUCUAAUGGAAGAGCAACAAGCAAACUCUGGUGACAGGAAACUGACUCAAAGCAGAUCCAAACAAUUCUACCAAUGUGCUGUCGACAAGGCCUUACAGAGUCCAAACGGACACCUGGACUUGUUCCUCCGCUUCCUCCUGGGACUUUCUCUGGAACCCAAUCAGCAUCUCCUACAAGGACUGGUGACACUGGUGGAAAGUACCACACGGGUUAGCGAAGAAACAUGCGAGUACAUCAAGAUGAAGAUCAGGAAGGGCCAGCCUGCAGAAAAGAGCAUCAACCUGUUCCAUUGUCUGAACGAGCUAAAUGAUCGUUCUUUAGUGGAGGAGAUCCAAACCUACCUGAGGUCAGGAUGUCUCUCCAGAGAUCACCUGUCUCCUGGUCAGUGGUCGGCUCUGGUCUUCAUCUUGAUGUUAUCAGACGAUCUGGAGGUGUUUGACCUGAAGAAGUACCCUACUUCAGAGGAUGCUCUUCUGAAGCUGCUGCCAGUGGUUGAAGCCUCAAAAAUAGCACUAUUGAGUAACUGCAACCUGUCAAUGAGAAGUUGUGAAGCUCUGUCAUUGGUUCUCAGCUCCCGGUCUUCAAACCUCAGGGACUUAGAUAUGAGCAACAAUGACCUUCAGGAUUCAGGAGUAAAAGUUCUGUCUGAUGGACUGCAGAGUCCUCAUUGUAAACUGGAGACUCUCAGCCUCUCUGGGUGUCUGAUCACUGAGGUGGGAUGCGCCGCUUUAGCUUCAGCUUUGAGAUCCAAUCCAUCCCAUCUGAGAACGCUGAACCUAAGCUACAACCAUCCAGGAGGGGCAGCGGUGGAGCUGUCAAAUGCAAAGGAGAAUUCACACUGGAGACUGGACACGCUCAGGGUAGGACCAGCAGGCGAUCAGUGGUUGAAACCAGGAAAAGGAAAAUAUUACUGUCCUCUCACCAUCGACACGAACACGGCCAGCAGAAGACUCAAAGUCUCUGAGGACAGAAAAGCGGUGACAUUCGUGAUGGACGUUCAGCCAUAUCCCGACCACCCGGACAGAUUUGACGAUCGGUGGUCCAAUCAGCUUCUGUGCAGAGAGGAACUGAGCGGGCGCUGCUACUGGGAGGUGGAAUGGAGAGGAAGAGUGGAGGUGGCCGUGAGUUACAGAGGCAUCGGGAGGGGAGAAGACAAGAACAACUGCCGGUUUGGACAGAACCGCCAGUCCUGGUGCCUGAUCUGUUAUGACUGGGACAGUUACUGCAUCCGCCAUGACAACAGGGAGACCUUAAUCACCUUCUCUUCAUCCUCCUCUUCCUCUGCAGAGUCUCACAGAGCAGCGGUUUAUGUGGACUACGCUGCCGGCUCUCUGUCUUUCUUCAGAGUGUCGGAUUCACCGAUGCACAUCUACACCUUCAACACCACGUUCACCGAAGCUCUUUAUCCCGGCUUUGAGCUGAGGUCAGGCUCCUGGCUGAGUCUGUGCUGAGUCUCAUUGCAGUCCUGAAGCUACGUACACAGCAGGCAUGUGUGCUGUGUUUGAGAACAAAUUAAACUGGUAUUCUUGAAUGCAGUUUUAGCUCAUGGUGCACACUGGACAGUCUGUCAGGGUUCUGGCUUUUCCCUAACAAAGAGAAGAACCAGACAGGAGAUGAGAAUUUCUGUAAGGCUCCUGCAGAAUGAGAAGCCCGUCUGUCACAGUCCAAAGCUUUAACAAAGCAGUUCUGCCUUCCCAGUGGAUCCAGUCUGGUUUUAUUGGUGGCCGGGGUUGAUAACAUGAAAGUGGGAAGCCCAAAAUUCAAGUUGACAAGCGUUUACAGAUACUUUUCAGUGAAAGUGGCUGCUUGAACACGAGAUGACGCAGCCGAUGUGAAUGUAGCUUCAGAGUUUUUAAAGCAGAAGUCUAAAAUCCACAUAUACACGUGUUUACAUCGACUUUUUAUUGGAAGUGAAACCUGCAUUUAUGGGCCUGGUGUGAACGUAGCAUCACAGACACAGAAGCUUCUCCUAAAGGAUCUUAACCCUCCAGUCCGUUAAAGAUCUAAAUGUCAUUUCAGUUUAAAGCUGUGGAAAUCUCUGAAGCUUUUGAAGCUCUCUGAAGCUCCGUUUCUGGUUAGUGAGCUGCCGUCCAACUGUGUAGAAAACUCUCAAAUUGAAAUCUUCCGAAUCGUCACACAUGAUUUUCAGUUGUUCAAGACGAGCUCUGCAAUAAUUAAUAAAGACCACCUCUCUACACAAUGAUGCAUAAAACAAGUCAACGUUCCUAAAACCUAAUUUUACACCACAGAUUUUUCUUUGAGCAUAGAUUUUUUCGGUGGUGGGUUUGAUAUCGUAUUGUCUUUUUUUUAAAAAUAUUUUUGUUUACACUGGAACUAUCAUAUUUCUACUGUGUUUUUCCUCAUGUUCUUAGACUACAUCUUUAGCCAAGUAUCUUCUGUGAAUGUUUAUAAAAUGUUACCACUUGGGGGCAGUAAAGUCCUGCUGUUGAUCAGGAUGCUGGGGUUUAAGAAGUUUGAAGAAGCAUCUUUGUUUUUAUUCCGUUUGUAAAACUCCAUGUAAAGUUAAGCUGAGAUAAACACAGAAAAUAAGAUGUCAUUUAUGUUUGUUGCACAU